ACUUUAGUAGCUGUCGUGGUGGACAGAACAUGAUGCAAUGAAGCAUGUGAAUUGAAUAACCUUUGCAUGUGUUGAGCUGGACAAUGGAUAGUAGGCAAUAAAUGGAUCUUCUGUAUUCAUUAGUACCCUGUGAGACAUUAUUAAGAGGCACAGUAACUUGCCUUCUAAAUAUGUCUGUGUGUUUGGCAGCAGGAAAAAAUACAUCAACACACUUGGGAACCACAUGUACUGUGGUCGCGACUUGCUUUUAUUUUCUUUAAAUGAAACGUGGUUCUUAGUUGCCGGUGUCUUAGAUUGACAUGCCUUGGGUUUCGAAAGAGAACUUUAUCUUGCAGUAUUUUAAAGGACCUUUGGGGGGCACGGAAGAAAUAUAAAAAAGCAGGACCAGCAGACUUAACAUCUUUUAGGACAUAGCUAUGUAAAUGUUUUGGUCCAUGCUUCAUAUAUACCACUAAAUCUAUAUACGCCUUAAGGAGUAAAACAGAGCAGGCUUGCAAGUGUUCAUAGAACUUGCCCCUUAGGUGUAAUCAUAGAGAUACACAUUUGGGAAUUAAAAUGAAUCCCAGGGUUUCUUAAUAGUCCACAAUAUUACUGAAGGUUGUCCAAAAAUCUGUAGUGUGCAUGUUUAUUUAGAAGUAACUCUCAAUGAGUUCAAGAAAGUGAGUAGGGUUUUUACAUUUAAUGUUUUAUUCCUUGUAUAGGUAAAAGUUCAUUCUCUUUAAAAUUUGCCUCUUGAAGGGGCUCAAAUGACUCAAAACCCUGUAUGUUAUAAGACUCACCAAGCUACAAAGAAAAGCCUGAAAGAUGAAAUUGAAAUGGUUUUGCGGGAACGCAUUAUGGUUUUGGAUGGAGGCAUGGGGACCAUGAUCCAGCAACAUAACUUAACAGAAGAGCAAUUUCAAGGUGAAGAAUUUAAGGAUCAUACGAAACCGCUAAAGGGAAACAAUGAUCUGUUAAGCAUAACUCAGCCCGACAUAAUCUACAAAAUUCACAAGGAAUACUUGAUGUCUGGUGCUGAUAUCAUUGAGACAAACACUUUCAGCAGCACCAGAAUAGCACAAGCUGACUAUGGCCUUGAACAUCUGGCUUAUCGGUUGAACAAAAUAUCAGCACAGGUAGCCCGAAAAGCAGCCGAUGAUGUCACUGCUGAGACAGGAAGGAAAAGAUACGUUGCUGGUGCAAUGGGUCCCACAAACAAGACCCUUUCUGUCUCCCCUUCAGUGGAAAAGCCAGAUUACAGAAAUGUCACUUUUGAUGAGCUUGUGGAAGCAUACACUGAACAAGCCAAAGGACUUCUUGAUGGUGGAGCAGAUAUCAUGUUAGUUGAAACCAUAUUUGAUACAGCCAAUGCCAAGGCAGCUCUCUUUGCGCUCCAGAAGUUGUUUGAGGAAGAGUAUGACCCCAGACCAUUGUUUGUAUCGGGAACCAUUGUCGAUAAAAGCGGCCGUACUCUCUCUGGCCAGACUGGGGAAGCUUUCGUCAUCAGUAUAUCUCACUGUGACCCACUUUGCAUCGGACUAAACUGUGCCUUGGGGGCAGUGGAAAUGAGGCCCUUCAUUGAAACUAUUGGGAAGUGUACAACAGCCUACGUUAUUUGCUAUCCCAAUGCAGGUCUUCCUAACACCUUUGGUGGUUAUGAUGAAACACCUGAAGUGACUGCCAAGCACCUAAAGGAUUUUGCCUUAGAUGGUCUGGUGAACAUAGUUGGUGGCUGCUGUGGAACCACUCCAGCACAUAUCUGGGCGAUAGCUGAAGCAGUAAAGACAUGCAAGCCUCGCAUUCCUGCCUCCUCUUUUUCAGAAGGCUACAUGCUGCUCUCAGGCUUGGAACCCUUCAGGAUUGGGCAGUACACCAACUUUGUGAACAUUGGUGAACGCUGCAAUGUUGCAGGAUCACGAAGGUUUGCCAAACUCAUCAUGGCUGGCAAUUAUGAAGAUGCCCUGAGCGUAGCCAAGGCCCAGGUUGAGAUGGGAGCUCAAAUUUUGGAUCUCAAUAUGGAUGACGGGAUGCUAGAUGGGCCAUGUGCUAUGGCCAGAUUCUGCAACUUCAUUGCUUCAGAACCUGACAUUGCCAAGGUGCCGCUCUGCAUCGAUUCUUCAAAUUUUGCAGUGAUAGAGGCUGGGUUGAAGUGUUGCCAAGGAAAAUGCAUAGUGAAUAGCAUCAGUCUGAAGGAAGGCGAAGAAGACUUCCUGGCAAAAGCGAGAAAGAUAAAGAGAUAUGGUGCAGCUGUGGUGGUUAUGGCUUUUGAUGAAGUGGGUCAGGCCACUGAAUCUGAUGAAAAAAUUGCAAUCUGCACCAGAGCCUACAACCUCCUAGUGAACAAAGUGGGCUUUAAUCCAAACGAUAUCAUUUUUGAUCCCAACAUUCUUACCAUUGGUACUGGAAUGGAGGAACACAAUCUGUAUGCAAUUAACUUUAUCAAUGCGACUAAAACCAUAAAAGAAACUCUGCCUGGAGCCAAAAUAAGUGGAGGCCUUUCCAAUCUGUCUUUUUCCUUUCGGGGAAUGGAAGCUAUUCGAGAAGCGAUGCAUGGAGUUUUUCUGUACCAUGCCAUUAAGUAUGGAUUGGACAUGGGGAUUGUGAAUGCGGGAAACUUGCCUGUGUAUGAUGAUAUCCACAAGGAGCUGUUGCAGUUGUGUGAAGAUUUGAUUUGGAAUAAGGAUCCAGAGGCCACAGAGAAACUUCUGCGUUACGCCCAGACUCAUGCUCAAGGAGGAAAGAAAGUGGUACAGACAGAUGAAUGGAGAAAUGGCUCUGUGGAGGAAAGACUGGAGUAUGCCCUUGUCAAGGGUAUUGAGAAAUAUGUGAUUGAAGACACAGAAGAAGCUAGAUUAAACAAAGAAAAGUAUCCCAGACCUCUGAAUAUAAUUGAGGGGCCUCUGAUGAACGGCAUGAAAACAGUUGGUGAUCUUUUUGGAGCUGGCAAGAUGUUUCUACCACAGGUUAUCAAAUCUGCUCGUGUUAUGAAGAAGGCUGUUGGUCAUCUGAUUCCCUUCAUGGAAAAGGAAAGAGAGGAAAUGCGUGCAUUGUCAGGUUCCACAGAAGAAGAGGACCCCUACCAUGGCACAAUUGUUUUAGCUACUGUGAAAGGUGACGUGCAUGACAUUGGCAAGAACAUUGUGGGAGUUGUUCUGGGAUGCAAUAAUUUCAGAGUUAUUGAUUUGGGAGUCAUGACGCCAUGUGACAAGAUACUCAGAGCUGCUCUUGAGAACAAAGCAGAUAUCAUUGGUUUGUCUGGCCUCAUCACACCCUCUUUGGAUGAGAUGAUAUUUGUUGCCAAGGAGAUGGAGAGAUUAGAAAUCAAGAUUCCUUUGCUGAUUGGAGGAGCAACUACUUCCAAGACACAUACAGCUGUAAAAAUUGCUCCACGAUACAGUGCUCCUGUUGUCCACGUCCUAGAUGCCUCCAAGAGUGUGGUGGUUUGCUCUCAGCUUUUAGAUGAGAAUCUAAAGGAUGACUUCUUUGAAGAAAUACAAGAGGAAUAUGAAGACAUUAGACAGGACCACUAUGAUUCUCUCAAGGAAAGGAGAUAUUUAUCACUAGAGCAGGCGAGGAAGAAGGGCUUUUAUUAUGAUUGGCUAACUGAAUCAAAACCAGUUAAACCGCUGUUCCUCGGCACUAGAGUCUUUGAAGAUUAUGAUGUGCAGAAGCUGGUGGAAUACAUUGACUGGAAGCCAUUUUUCGAUGUCUGGCAGCUCAGAGGCAAAUAUCCCAACCGGGGAUUUCCUAAAAUCUUCAACGAUAAAACAGUGGGGGAAGAGGCAAAAAAAGUUUAUAAUGAUGCGCAGAAUUUGCUGAAAACUUUGAUUAUGCAAAACAGAUUUAAAGCUAAAGGUCUGGUUGGAUUCUGGCCAGCUCGGAGUGUUAAAGAUGACAUUUAUUUAUAUGCCACAGAAGAGGAAGUGCAGUCUUCAGAACCAAUAGCUAAAUUCUGUGGGUUAAGGCAACAGGCUGAGAAAGACUCUUCUUCUACUGAUCCCUAUUACUGCUUGUCUGAUUUCAUAUCACCUCUGGAGUCGGGUAUACCUGACUAUUUGGGUCUUUUCGCUGUGGCAUGCUUUGGAGUAGAUGAGCUAUGCACAGAAUAUGAGAAGCAGUCUGACGAUUACAAUAUCAUAAUGGUGAAAGCGCUGGGAGAUCGCUUAGCAGAGGCAUUUGCCGAGGAGCUGCAUGAAAGGGUCCGGAAAGAAUUUUGGGCUUACUCUGAGGGUGAACAGCUGGAAUUUUCAGACCUGCGUAGGAUCAGAUAUGAGGGGAUUCGUCCUGCCCCUGGGUAUCCCUGUCAACCUGACCACCUGGAAAAACUUACCAUGUGGAGACUUGCAAACAUUGCGGAGGCAACAGGUAUUCAGCUGACAGAAUCCUUAGCCAUGCUGCCUGCUUCAGCAGUGUCAGGUCUCUACUUUUCCAACCCUGAAUCCAAGUACUUUGCUGUUGGGAAAAUAUUGAAAGAUCAGGUUGAAGAUUAUGCCUUAAGGAAAAAGAUGCCUGUGGCAGACGUGGAAAAAUGGCUGGGGCCCAUUCUUGGAUAUGAUCCAGAAUAACUGUAUGUGCAUUGAGGGUGGGGGGCGCGUUUUGUCUUGAAAGAUACAAAUGAGAAGAAAAGGCAAAGCUUAGGACUCACGCACAAGAAACAGGUACCAUAUGGAGGCAACCACCUCAUCCCCGCCCCCAACAAGCCACAGUGUCUGCCACAGCAAAAGCUAAAAAAUCUUGGCAAUAGAGUCAAUCUUUUUGGUCACCAUAGAAAGUCAAUUAAAAUGCCCAACAUGUGGUGACCAUUUAAUGUACAGAUACAGGUUUGCAUGUAUCAUGUUUCUAAUUAAAAGGUCCUCCCACUUGAUUUUUGGGGCCUGAUAUAAAAGAGAUAAAUAUAUACAUGACAUGCUCCUGACUUGCUAAGAUGUUGGGGCUUUUAAUCAGAAAAGUUUAGUAUUUAAAUGUGCUGUUAGAGGAGCACUAAUGAAACGCUACACAGAGCCCAUAACCCAUAAUUAUCUCCCUGGGCGAAUAUUGUUACUGGGUUGAGCGCAGCCAUUAUUAUUUAUUUGUAGCCAUAAAAAAUUAUGUUAAGACAAAUAUUUGCACUGAUAUGUCCCACUGCCCAGGAAUAUGAAUAUAAUCACAGGACACUGAUCUUUGAUUGGACUGUGUGUAUAUAUAAUGGC